GCGCGCCCGGUGUCUCCCUCUCUCUGCCUCUGCAGAAACAGCUCCCUGCCAGAACGGCGCUCGGCGCGGCGCGGCCCGGAGCGGCGGCGGCGACGGCUCUUCCUGCCUCCUCGCCCUCAGGAGUUGGUGGCUCUUUCUGACAGCUGAAAGCCGGCCGGGGGCCUCCGGGAGGACUCUCCAAGAGUGGGCAGAGACGUCUCAGCCCCCUGGUGGCCCGAGCGCACCCCCGCGCCCCGCGUCUUGGGGUCCAUCGCGUCCCUCGCCCCUCCUUUCUGCUUCUCCUCGCUCCUGCCUCUCUCGAUUUAUUUUUUUCAAAUGGUGUAGCCGCCAGAGGUGCGGUGCUAAAUUCUUGGAAGGGGCCCGGAUGUACUGAAGAUGCAUUACAAUCUUACUAAAGGAGGCAUUAGUGGAAAGGAGCAGUUUUUGGUGUUUGAUGCAAUAAUGGGAAUCAGGUAAUCAUCAGGAGGGAAGAAGAAAUACUGCGGAUCCACGGCUUCCCUGAAUUUUGCACGAGAGCAGCCGACCUCGGAGGAGGGAUUAAUCCAGACCCACUUGGGGGUGUUUUUACAUUUCUUCCUCUUUGUGGCUUCUUCUCCCUUUCAAACAAUUUUUGGUCAAUGGUCAAUGAAAAUACGAGGAUGUACAUUCCAGAGGAAAACCACCAAGGUUCCAACUAUGGGAGUCCACGCCCAGCUCAUGCCAACAUGAAUGCCAAUGCAGCUGCGGGGCUGGCCCCUGAGCACAUCCCCACCCCGGGGGCAGCCCUAUCCUGGCAAGCAGCCAUCGAUGCGGCCCGGCAGGCCAAGCUGAUGGGCAGUGCUGGGAAUGCGACCAUCUCCACUGUCAGCUCUACACAGCGGAAGCGGCAGCAGUAUGGGAAACCCAAGAAGCAGGGUGGCACGACCGCCACGCGGCCGCCCCGGGCCCUGCUCUGCCUGACUCUGAAGAACCCUAUCCGGAGAGCGUGCAUAAGCAUUGUCGAAUGGAAACCAUUUGAAAUAAUUAUUUUACUGACUAUUUUUGCCAAUUGUGUGGCCUUAGCAAUCUAUAUUCCCUUUCCAGAAGAUGAUUCCAACGCCACCAAUUCCAACCUGGAGCGAGUGGAAUAUCUCUUUCUCAUAAUUUUUACUGUGGAAGCAUUUUUAAAAGUUAUCGCCUAUGGACUUCUCUUUCACCCCAAUGCUUACCUCCGCAAUGGUUGGAACUUACUAGAUUUUAUCAUUGUGGUUGUAGGGCUUUUUAGUGCAAUUUUAGAACAAGCAACCAAAGCAGAUGGGGCAAAUGCUCUAGGAGGGAAAGGCGCUGGAUUUGAUGUGAAAGCGCUGAGGGCCUUCCGCGUGCUGCGCCCCUUGCGGCUGGUGUCCGGAGUCCCGAGUCUCCAGGUGGUCCUGAACUCUAUCAUCAAGGCCAUGGUGCCCCUGCUGCACAUCGCCCUGCUUGUGCUGUUCGUCAUCAUCAUCUAUGCGAUCAUCGGCCUGGAGCUCUUCAUGGGGAAGAUGCAUAAAACAUGCUACAACCAGGAGGGCAUUGCAGACGUUCCAGCAGAAGAGGACCCCUCCCCCUGUGCUCUUGAGAGUGGCCACGGGCGGCAGUGCCAGAAUGGCACGGUGUGCAAGCCCGGGUGGGAUGGGCCCAAGCACGGCAUCACCAACUUCGACAACUUUGCCUUCGCCAUGCUCACAGUGUUCCAGUGCAUCACCAUGGAGGGCUGGACCGACGUGCUAUACUGGGUCAAUGAUGCCGUAGGAAGGGACUGGCCCUGGAUCUAUUUUGUUACACUAAUCAUCAUAGGGUCAUUUUUUGUACUUAACUUGGUUCUCGGUGUUCUUAGCGGAGAGUUUUCCAAAGAGAGAGAGAAGGCCAAGGCUCGGGGAGAUUUCCAGAAGCUUCGAGAGAAACAACAGCUGGAGGAAGAUCUCAAAGGCUACCUCGACUGGAUCACUCAGGCAGAAGACAUCGACCCAGAGAAUGAAGACGAAGGCAUGGAUGAGGAGAAACCCCGAAACAUGAGCAUGCCCACGAGUGAGACCGAGUCCGUCAACACUGAAAACGUGGCCGGAGGUGACAUCGAAGGAGAGAACUGUGGGGCGAGGCUGGCCCACCGGAUCUCCAAAUCAAAGUUCAGCCGCUACUGGCGCAGGUGGAAUCGGUUCUGCAGAAGAAAGUGCCGUGCUGCAGUCAAGUCCAAUGUCUUCUACUGGCUGGUGAUCUUCCUGGUGUUCCUCAAUACACUUACUAUUGCCUCGGAACAUUACAACCAGCCCCACUGGCUCACGGAAGUGCAAGACACAGCCAAUAAGGCCCUGCUGGCCCUGUUUACUGCGGAGAUGCUCCUGAAGAUGUACAGCCUGGGCCUGCAGGCCUACUUCGUGUCCCUCUUCAACCGCUUCGACUGCUUCAUCGUGUGUGGGGGCAUCCUGGAGACCAUCCUGGUGGAGACCAAGAUCAUGUCUCCCCUGGGCAUCUCUGUGCUGAGAUGUGUGCGGCUACUGAGGAUAUUUAAAAUCACAAGGUACUGGAACUCCUUAAGCAACCUGGUAGCAUCCUUGCUGAACUCUGUGCGCUCCAUCGCCUCCCUGCUCCUACUCCUCUUCCUCUUUAUCAUCAUCUUCUCCCUGCUGGGAAUGCAGCUCUUUGGAGGAAAGUUCAACUUUGAUGAGAUGCAGACCCGGAGGAGCACAUUCGAUAACUUCCCCCAGUCCCUCCUCACUGUGUUUCAGAUCCUGACCGGGGAGGACUGGAAUUCGGUGAUGUAUGAUGGGAUCAUGGCUUAUGGCGGCCCCUCUUUUCCAGGGAUGUUAGUCUGUAUUUACUUCAUCAUCCUCUUCAUCUGUGGAAAUUAUAUCCUACUGAAUGUGUUCUUGGCCAUUGCUGUGGACAACCUGGCUGAUGCUGAGAGCCUCACUUCUGCCCAAAAGGAGGAAGAAGAAGAGAAGGAGAGAAAGAAGCUGGCCAGGACUGCCAGCCCAGAGAAGAAACAGGAGGCAGUGGAGAAGCCAGCAGUGGAGGAGACCAAGGAGGAGAAAAUUGAGCUGAAAUCCAUUACUGCUGAUGGGGAGUCCCCACCCACCAAGAUCAACGUGGAUGACCUCCAGCACAAUGAAAAUGAGGACAAGAGUCCCUACCCCAACCCAGACGCUGCAGGAGAAGAGGAUGAGGAGGAGCCUGAGAUGCCUGUCGGGCCCCGUCCACGACCACUCUCUGAGCUACACCUUAAGGAAAAAGCCGUGCCCAUGCCAGAAGCCAGCGCAUUUUUCAUCUUUAGCCCUAGCAACAGGUUUCGCCUCCAGUGCCACCGCAUUGUCAAUGACACGAUCUUCACCAACCUGAUCCUCUUCUUCAUCCUGCUCAGCAGCAUUUCUCUGGCUGCGGAGGACCCCGUACAGCACACCUCCUUCAGGAACCAUAUUCUGUUUUAUUUUGAUAUUGUUUUUACUGCCAUUUUCACCAUUGAAAUUGCUCUGAAGAUCCUAGGCAACGCAGACUAUGUCUUCACUAGUAUCUUUACCUUAGAGAUUAUCCUGAAGAUGACUGCGUAUGGGGCUUUCCUACACAAGGGCUCUUUCUGCCGGAACUACUUCAACAUCUUGGACCUGCUGGUGGUCAGCGUGUCCCUCAUCUCCUUUGGCAUCCAGUCCAGUGCAAUCAAUGUGGUGAAGAUCUUGCGAGUCCUUCGAGUCCUCCGGCCCCUGAGGGCCAUCAACAGGGCUAAGGGGCUAAAGCACGUGGUCCAGUGUGUGUUUGUUGCCAUCCGGACUAUCGGGAAUAUCGUCAUUGUCACCACACUGCUGCAGUUCAUGUUUGCCUGCAUCGGGGUCCAGCUGUUCAAGGGAAAGCUCUACACCUGCUCUGAUAGUUCCAAACAGACCGAGGCAGAAUGCAAGGGUAACUACAUCACAUACAAAGACGGGGAGGUUGACCAACCUAUCAUCCAGCCCCGCAGCUGGGAGAACAGCAAGUUUGACUUCGACAAUGUCCUGGCAGCUAUGAUGGCCCUCUUCACCGUCUCCACCUUUGAGGGGUGGCCAGAGCUGCUGUACCGCUCCAUCGACUCCCACACGGAAGACAAGGGUCCCAUCUACAACUACCGUGUGGAGAUCUCCAUCUUCUUCAUUAUCUACAUCAUCAUCAUUGCCUUCUUCAUGAUGAACAUCUUCGUGGGUUUCGUCAUCGUCACCUUCCAGGAGCAGGGAGAACAAGAGUACAAGAACUGUGAGCUGGACAAGAACCAGCGGCAGUGUGUGGAGUAUGCCCUCAAGGCCCGGCCCCUGCGCCGGUACAUCCCCAAGAACCAGCACCAGUACAAGGUGUGGUAUGUGGUCAACUCCACCUACUUUGAGUACCUGAUGUUCGUCCUCAUCCUGCUGAACACCAUCUGCUUGGCCAUGCAGCACUACGGCCAGAGCUGCCUGUUCAAAAUCGCCAUGAACAUCCUCAACAUGCUCUUCACUGGCCUCUUCACUGUGGAGAUGAUCCUGAAACUCAUUGCCUUCAAACCCAAGGGUUACUUUAGUGAUCCCUGGAAUGUUUUUGACUUCCUCAUCGUGAUUGGGAGCAUAAUUGAUGUCAUUCUCAGUGAGACUAAUCACUAUUUCUGUGAUGCAUGGAAUACAUUUGACGCCUUGAUUGUUGUGGGUAGCAUUGUUGAUAUAGCAAUCACCGAGGUAAACCCAGCUGAACAUACCCAAUGCUCUCCCUCUAUGAACGCAGAGGAAAACUCCCGCAUCUCCAUCACCUUCUUCCGCCUCUUCCGGGUCAUGCGCCUGGUCAAGCUGCUGAGCCGCGGGGAGGGCAUCCGGACACUGCUGUGGACCUUCAUCAAGUCCUUUCAGGCCUUGCCCUAUGUGGCCCUUCUAAUAGUGAUGCUGUUCUUCAUCUACGCCGUGAUUGGCAUGCAGGUGUUUGGAAAGAUUGCCUUGAAUGACACCACCGAGAUCAACCGGAACAACAACUUUCAGACCUUCCCCCAAGCCGUGCUGCUGCUGUUCAGGUGUGCCACAGGGGAGGCCUGGCAGGACAUCAUGCUGGCCUGCAUGCCAGGCAAGAAAUGCGCCCCAGAGUCCGAGCCCAGCAAUAGCACGGAAGGAGAGACGCCCUGCGGCAGCAGCUUUGCUGUCUUCUAUUUCAUCAGCUUCUACAUGCUCUGUGCCUUCCUGAUCAUCAACCUCUUUGUAGCCGUCAUCAUGGACAACUUUGACUACCUGACGAGAGACUGGUCAAUCCUUGGUCCCCACCAUCUAGAUGAAUUUAAAAGAAUCUGGGCAGAAUAUGACCCCGAAGCCAAGGGUCGUAUCAAACACCUGGAUGUGGUGACCCUCCUCCGACGGAUUCAGCCUCCUCUGGGCUUUGGGAAGCUGUGUCCUCACCGUGUGGCCUGCAAACGCCUCGUCUCCAUGAACAUGCCUCUGAACAGUGAUGGGACAGUCAUGUUCAAUGCCACUCUGUUUGCCCUGGUCAGGACAGCCCUGAGGAUCAAAACGGAAGGAAACCUAGAACAAGCCAACGAGGAGCUGCGUGCGAUCAUCAAGAAGAUCUGGAAGCGGACCAGCAUGAAGCUGCUGGACCAAGUGGUGCCCCCUGCUGGUGAUGAUGAGGUCACAGUUGGCAAGUUCUACGCUACUUUCCUGAUCCAAGAGUACUUCCGGAAAUUCAAGAAGCGAAAAGAGCAAGGGCUUGUGGGCAAGCCCUCCCAGAGGAACGCUCUGUCCCUGCAGGCUGGCUUGCGCACACUGCACGACAUCGGGCCUGAAAUCCGACGAGCCAUCUCUGGAGAUCUGACUGCCGAGGAAGAGCUAGACAAGGCCAUGAAGGAAGCUGUGUCUGCUGCCUCUGAAGAUGACAUCUUCAGGAGGGCCGGUGGUCUGUUCGGCAACCACGUCAGCUACUACCAAAGCGACAGCCGGAGCACCUUCCCCCAGACCUUCACCACCCAGCGCCCACUGCACAUCAACAAGGCGGGCAGCAACCAAGGCGACACUGAGUCGCCCUCCCAUGAGAAGCUGGUGGACUCCACCUUCACCCCCAGCAGCUACUCGUCCACUGGCUCCAACGCCAACAUCAACAACGCCAACAACACUGCCCUGGGCCGCUUCCCCCAUCCCGCCGGCUACGCCAGCACAGUCAGCACUGUGGAGGGCCACGGGCCCCCCUCAUCUCCUGCCGCCUGGGCACAGGAGACCACAAGGAAGCUCGGCACCAUGAGGUGCCACUCCCGGGAGAGCCAGAUAGCUGUGGUAUGUCAGGAGGAGGCUUCUCAGGACAAGACCUAUGACGUGGAGCUGAAUGAAAAUGCUGAAUACCGCAGCGAGCCCACCCUGCUCUCCACAGAGAUGCUCACCUACCAGGAUGAUGAAAAUCGACAACUGACACCCCCCGAGGAAGACAAGAGGGACACCCGGCCCUCUCCAAAGAGGGGUUUCCUCCGCUCUGCCUCCCUAGGUCGAAGAGCCUCCUUCCACCUGGAGUGUUUAAAGCGACAGAAGAAUCACGGGGGUGACAUUUCUCAGAAGACAGUCUUGCCCUUGCACCUGGUUCAUCAUCAGGCGCUGGCCGUGGCCGGCCUGAGCCCCCUCCUCCAGAGAAGCCAUUCCCCGACCACGUUCCCCAGGCCGAGCGCCACGCCCCCCGCCACGCCCGCGAGCCGAGCCUGGGCCCCGCAGCCCAUCCCCACCCUGCGGCUAGAGGGCGCCGAGUCCAGCGAGAAACUCAACAGCAGCUUCCCGUCCAUCCACUGCAGCUCCUGGUCAGAGGAUGCCAGCCCCUGUGGCGGGGGCAGCAGCACAGCACGGAGAGCCCGGCCCGUCUCCCUCAUGGUGCCCAGCCAGGCCGGGGCCCCGGGGAGACAGUUCCACGGCAGUGCCAGCAGCCUGGUAGAGGCGGUCUUGAUUUCAGAAGGACUGGGUCAGUUUGCUCAAGAUCCCAAGUUCAUCGAGGUCGCAACCCAGGAGCUGGCUGACGCCUGCGAUAUGACCAUAGAGGAGAUGGAGAACGCAGCCGACAACAUCCUCAGCGGGGGCGGCCCUCAGAGCCCCAACGGCACCCUCUUACCUUUUGUGAACUGCAGGGACCCAGGGCAGGACCGGGCGGGCGGCGGCGACGAGGACGAGGGCUGUGCGCGCGCCCUGGGGCGCGGCCGGAGCGAGGAGGAGCUCGCGGACAGCAGGGUCCACGUCCGCAGCCUGUAGCCGCCAGGGCUGGGGAGACGCCGGGUUUUUAUUUGUUUCAAUGUUCCUAAUGGGUUCGUUUCAGAAGUGCCUCACUGUUCUCGUGACCUGGAGUUAACCGGAACAGCGUCUUCAUUCAUUCCUGUCGGGACGAGACGCAGAGUUGGGUGGUGUGCAGAGUCGCUUUUCAGGGGGAAGAGAAGCCGCCAGGCCGCGCGUGCACAGAGGGGAGGCGCGGAGGUGCGAGGGCCCGGGCGGGGAGAACCUCGGCCUCCUGCGGGGGCCCUCACCGAAAGGACGCUAUGCCAAACGGGUGUCUUUCAACUUUGCUUGUAAAAAAAAAGAAAAUCAUUUGCACAUAUUCUGUAUGAGCCUCACUGUCUCCGGAGAGCCAGGGCCCGGGCAGAGGGAGUGGGGCCCGACCCGCGAGGGUCCCAGCGCCCCGGAGCCGCACAAGGGCGGCGCGAGGCGGCGGAGCGCGCGGGCAUAGGCGCGCGGCCCGGCAGAGGGCAGAGAG